UUUUAUAUGAGGGAGAAAAAGAUCAGAACUUUGAUAGAGGAAUCCCUUGAAGCAAUGUGAUUCACAAUCAGCAGCUUCAGGGUAUGCGCCUUAUCCUUCUGUCUCUCUCUGUCUCCACUUGCUUUAAUAACUUCAAUUUCUCUUCAAAAUUUCUCUUCAAAAUCCAUUUUCCUGACACCGGCCACACCACAAGUUGUUAAUGCUUUGCUUGGUCACUUGCACUUGCAUGUCACAAUCACCAUCACCACCUUAAAACUCAAACCAAUUAUCCCACCAACACCACCUUCCACAAAACUCAACACAACCAUUCAAUUCAUCAAUUCAAUUCCCCAUGGCUCUCAUCACCACUCAACCUAAAAACCCCAUUUAUAAUGGCUGCACCACCCUUCACCGCUCAAUCCCACGGCGGGGCAAUACUACUGUUCUUGGCCUUGGCUCCGUUAAAAACUUUAACUUUAACCGAAAACAAAGCAAAAUUUCCCUUAAAAGCAAUCCCUUUACCUAUAAUUUGGCAGUGACAGCCAAAGCCAAUGCAGGAUUCGGAGAAGGUUUGGAGGGUGAGUCAUUGAAACACAGAAAGAUUUUGUUGUCUGAAGUUGAGGUGAAGAGAGAGAGAAGUGUUUUGUUUGGGAGAAAAUGGAGCUCUUUGGAUGUUGGCACUGCUGGGAUUGUGUUGGCAAUGCAUGUGCUUUGCCUCUUUGCUCCAUUCCAUUUCAAUUGGCCUGCAUUUUGGGUGGCUGUGGCUCUCUAUGUUGUCACUGGCCUUUUUGGCAUCACUCUUUCUUUCCACAGGAACCUUUCUCAUAGGAGUUUCAAGCUUCCCAAAUGGCUUGAAUAUUCCUUUGCCUAUUGUGGGGUUCUGGCACUUCAGGGGAACCCAAUUGAUUGGGUAAGCACACAUAGAUACCAUCACCAGUUUUGUGACACUGAGAGAGACCCUCAUAGCCCCACCGAAGGGUUCUGGUUCAGCCAUAUGAGUUGGCUCUUUGAUACCAAUUCCAUCGUAGAAAGGUGUGGAGAGCCAAACAAUGUUGGUGAUUUAGAGAAACAACCUUUUUAUAGAUUUCUCCGAAGCACUUACCUUGUCCACCCAUUUGCUUUGGGAGCCCUUCUAUAUGCAGCUGGAGGAUUUCCUUUCCUAGUUUGGGGAAUGGGAGUGAGGAUUGUUUGGGUUUAUCACAUAACCUGGUUUGUAAACUCAGCUUGCCAUGUUUGGGGGAAUCAGGCCUGGAACACCAGGGACCUGUCCAGAAAUAAUUGGUGGGUGGCGUUGCUUGCAUUUGGUGAAGGUUGGCACAAUAACCACCAUGCUUUUGAAUAUUCAGCUCGACAUGGACUAGAAUGGUGGCAACUAGACAUGACUUGGUACGUUGUGAGAUUUCUCCAAGCUAUUGGGUUGGCCACUGAAGUCAAGUUACCCUCAGAGACUCAGAAGCAGAGAAUGGCAUUCAAUAAUCAUACAAUAAUCACAUGAAACACAAUUUCUGUCCUUGUCCAAGGAUAACUAAAAGGGGUCUGGAAAUAAUAGUAAAAUGAAGUUUUGGUAGGGACAUGAAUGCUGGUUUUGACCAUAUAUAUUGGGGACUAAAUUUUGAAUUUGGAUUCACUGCUGGGUUUUUUGUGCAGUAGAAUUGCAGUAUAGCACAAAUAAACCUACCCUUGUUACUAUUGACUAAUAGAGAAGAAUAUUCAAUA